AUGCAGAUGGAUCCGCGUGAUUUUGCGCGAAAAGAACGGCGAGUAUGCGGUAGUAUCGAAGAAAAAUCAGCAGAUUUAGAUUUUGUUUAUGAUGAUGCAGAUAAGCAUGCCAAUGAAAUUGCUGAAUUAUACAGUUAUUCAGAACAAUCUGAAUUACAUGUUACCCUUACAGCUUUUGAAGAGCAAAUGGAAUUGUAUAAUUUAAGACCAUGGUGGCAAAAUUUAUCAGAGAUUCAACAAAAAUCUGUGAUUUAUAAAUUAUUAGAUCAGUUAGAAGUUUCCAAUAAACAACUGAGAAUGAAAGCAGCAAGGUGUAUCUUGUAUUUAGCUCAAGGUUGCUGGGGUGAAGUACAAUCUGAUCAAGAGCAACGAAGCUGGACCAGAACAAAUGUAAUGUUAUUGUAUGAAGCUGAAGUUUUUCCAGCAUUUGUUGAACUUCUGAAUAUUGAAAUUACAAAUAGUAAAAGAGCUGCUUCUGCAAAGAGAAAAAUAUCUGUUAGUCUUGAUGAUUCUACAGAUUUAAGAAUAAUUCUAUCUGUUUUAUAUAUUAUGACAGAAGUAAUGAGAGAAGAAAUGAAAGAUUUAGAACACAGUAUUUAUAAGGAUCAUGUUGAAUCUUUCAAAGAAGAACUGAUACAUCCAUAUGGUGAAGAAUUGCUUAUAGUUAAACUUCUUGGUAUGGUAACAUACUUUUGCAGUGGAGCAGCUCCACAUUUUCCAAUGAAGAAAGUACUUUUACUUUUGUGGAAGUUAAUCCUAGUAUCUUUGGGUGGUAUUCAUAAAUUAAGAGAAUUGAAGAAACAAUACCGUGAAGAAGCUGGUCUUGAUACAGAACAAGAAGAUACAUUAGAAGUUGCUAGGACUAUGAGAGCUAGCUCUCCUCCUGUCAGUGCAGCAGAUUUAAUUGAAACACAAAAUCAGAAAAAAAAUCAUAGAUCUUAUCGACGGUUUUUGAUGAAACAAAGUUCAUUAGAUGAACCAGGCUUGGGAAUGGAAAAUGAAGGUGGAGAAAUAGGAAAUAAGACCACAAAUAAUGGUGAUGAAAGUGAACCAGAACCUAAUGAGGAUCAGUUUGUUUGGAAUAAUAAACUUAAAACUUGUAAAAUGCAAAAUAAUAAAAGACCUGACACUCCACAGCUUGCUAAAGGUUUACCAUGGACACCAAAGGUGAGACAAAAGGAUGUGGAUACUUUCCUUGAGGUGUCAAGAUUAAAAUUUUUUGGUUACAACUUAGAGGGAGACAGAGAAAGUUCUGCAGGUUUGCCACAACCAAUACUUGAAAGUCUUAAUACACUUAAAAGACAUAUGUAUACAUCUUUAGCUGAAGUCCAAAUUCAAAAAGAGGAACAAAUGCUUAAACGUCCUAUAAGUACUCCAAGGUUUCCAAUUCGUCAAACACCGACCGAAAUUGUGUAUCAUGCUAUACUACCGCUUGUUCCGCAAUAUAUGAUUGCAUUACUGAAGAUUUUACUAGCAGCAGCACCUACUAGUAAAGCUAAAACGGAUAGUACCAAUAUUAUGGCUGAUGUUCUACCAGGGCAAAUGCCCAUGACAGUUUUUCAAUCGAUGAAACUCGGUAUUGAUGUAAACAGACAUAAAGAAAUAAUUGUUAAAGCAGUAUCUGCUAUAUUACUUCUUUUGUUAAAACAUUUCAAACUGAAUCAUAUAUAUCAAUUCGAAUUCAUGUCACAGCAUUUAGUAUUUGCUAACUGUGUGCCACUUGUUUUAAAAUUCCUAAAUCAAAAUAUUUUAGCUUAUAUUGAAGCUAAAAAUGUUAUUCCUAUUAUGGAUUUUCCUAUGUCUGUUAUUGGGGAACAAACAGAUGCAUGUUUAGAUAACCUUGAAAUCGGAGACAACUUACCAUACUCAUGGAGAAAUGUUUUUUCUUGCAUUAAUUUAUUACGUAUUCUUAAUAAACUGACAAAAUGGAAACAUAGUAGAAUUAUGAUGUUAGUCGUUUUUAAAUCGGCACCUAUAUUGAAACGUACAUUAAAAGUCAGACAUGCAAUGAUGCAAUUGUAUGUCUUAAAAUUAUUAAAAAUGCAAACCAGGUACUUAGGACGACCGUGGCGAAAAACUAAUAUGAAAACUAUCAGUGCAAUUUAUGCAAAGGUUCGACAUCGUUUGAACGAUGAUUGGGUUUACGGAAAUGAUUUAGAAGCACGACCUUGGGAUUUUCAAGAAGAUGAGUGUGAGUUGCGUAGCUGUGUUGACCGAUUCAAUAACUUACGAUAUACUAAUGCUUCUAAAGGCAAGGAUAUGGAACCUGUUGACACAUCUGUUAUAUCAGUACUCGGCACAAACGUGGAAUUAAGCGAAGAAUUUAAACAACAUUAUGAAUUAUGGUUACAGCACGAAGUAUUUCAAAGAAGUACUAAUUGGGACGAGUUAUUAGACUAUGGAGCACCUGGAUCAAAUUUUGACGUUUUUAUAAAUUACAUACUAUUGUGA